GUCAGGUGGUGUAAAGGACACAGCUGCAGCUGACAUUCAAACACUGGUGGUUUUUGACAUCAUGUAGUGAUGGUCAGACUGCAGGUUUUGCUGGUAACCUCAGCGAAGGUACUGCUGCAAGUACAGGCCUUGGAUUUUCCUCAGAUCCAUUGGGAAAUGCCUAUCACAGACGUUUUGGCUGCCUCUGAUAUUUCAACUGCCAUCAAUGCAUGUAAAGCAAAGGAUUCUUUCAGCCCAAAGACAUUUUUUGCAACAGUAGGCUUGUCAAAGAAGUCUCCUCCUGAGAUAGAGAAGGUCUUUAAAAUGUUGGACCAGGACAAGAGUGGGUUCAUUGAACAGGAUGAGCUACAGUUGUUUCUGCAGAACUUCUCUAAAGGGGCUCGUGCACUAACAGCAGCUGAAACCAAGGCCUUCCUCAUGGCUGGAGACAUGGAUGGGGAUGGGAAGAUCGGCUGGGAAGAAUUUUCAGCCCUCGUUAAUGCUUCCUGAGACCAGCUGUGACUGUCAAACAUGGCAAAGAAAAAAUGAUGAGCUUUGCCACUAGUCUUGUCACUUAGUAGUUUUCAAAGCUGAAUUGUCCAGGAUUGUGCACUGUCUUCUAUGUUUCACUGUAAUGUUAUUGUAUUAACUUAGAAAAUCUACAAGAGAAAAGAACACAAAAUAAAGAAAAUUCAACAAUA